AUGUUAAAAUUAUUUAUAAUUGUACUGCUUUGCCAAACUGUUAGUUCAAAAUUGAUAUAAAAAGAGGAUUAUAACUAUAUCAAAUAAAGUAAUAAUAUUAUUAUAUUGAGAUUGGUAUUCAUAUAAGGGUUAAUCAGAUAUUGAUACUAUCAAUUCAGAAAAAUUUAUAGGAGGAAUCAAUAGCUUCAAAUAAGAAACAAUUCUUUAACAUCAUUAUUAUUUGCAAUCUCAUUAUUAACUAACAAUUAGAAUUCGUGCAAUUUUGUCUAAUUGUGUUAAUAAUUUUGUGGUGUAAUUGGAUGACGCAAGAUCAACUAUUGCAAGUAGUUAAAUGAAUCCCUCAUUAAUAAUUGAUAUGGAGCUAAGUUACUUUCAUACUAGUUAAUCAGCAUUUUUUGCUUUAUAAGCUUCUGGGUUACCAUCUUGUUCUAAUCAAAAUACUUGGUGGGGUAUAUUUGCGAUUGAAAUCCAUGUAUUAGAUUGUUAAGAAUUUGAAGAUUAUUGUUUACCAGGUUCAAACAGUAAAUGGCUAUUAUUAAUCUCCUAACUUCAUUCUAAACUUAAUGAUUGGAAAAUAACUUCAAAUGGCUCAUCAACUUAAAAUUUAUAAGGGAUAGAUUUUGAAAUUUUACUUAGACAUUAUUCUGGUACUUUUUAACUUCAAAGAUACAUCCUUAUACCUUUUCCAACAAAAGUUAAAUUUUAAUUCAAACUCUUUUUCGAUAAUCAACCUUAAGAGAUAAAAAUAAUGAUAAAUGAUUUUUAAACUUUAUGGCCUAUUGAUAAGUUUUUAAACUACUUUGUUGAACCUGGAGGAAAAACUUGGUGGAUUUAUAACAUAGAAAUAGAUAUUCACAAUCAUAAAAGUGAUUAAUUAUCUAUCAUUUUAAUUUUUAAUGAUAGUGCAUCUAAUAAAGUAAGUGUAUUGGAUUUUAUUGUAUUUUAUUAAGAAUAGAAAAUAGCUUUACCACCAAUCUUAGGAUGUUUAAAUAUUAUAGACCAAAAUUGUAUUUUUUGUGAUAUAGGUUGGUAAUUGAAUCUUGUAGAAUAGAAAUGUAUACCAAUUUGUGGUGAUAACAAAUUGUACAAAGAUUGUGACAAUGAUAAUCAUAAUGCUAAUGAUGGUUGUUAUUAUUGUGAAUUUCAAUGUUCUUCAGAUUGUUAAAGAUGUAAUUUUGGUAGAUGUUUAGAGUGGUCCAAUAUUUAUAAUUUAGAUUAAUAAUAUUAUAAUAAUUAUGAAUAGGUAUUAGAUUGUAAAAACAAUUAAGGUUAUUUUUUUGAUGUUUUAUUUGAUUUGUGCUAACCUAUUUGUGGUGAUCAAAUAAAAACAUUAGAAGAAGAGUGCGAUGACGGAAAUAAUUUAUUUAAUGAUGGAUGUCUAAAUUGUAAAUUCAUAUGUUCUGAUAAUUGUAUGAAUUGUCAAUAUGGUAAAUGCUAUGAAUGUAAUCCUGGUUUUAUAAUAAACAAAUUUAAAUGUAUUCCAAAAUGUGGAGAUGAAUUAGUAAAGGCAGAUGAAAUAUGCGACGAUGGAAACAAUAUAAGAUUUGAUGGAUGUCAUAAAUGUUAAAGUAGUUGUUAAUUAGAAUGUAUUAACUGCUACAAUUCUCAUUGUAUUGAAUGUUUAUAAGGUUGGAAUAUAGUUGAAGGUAAAUGCGAAAAAAGUUGUGGAGAUGGAUUAGUUGCUAUCAUGUCUAAUGAAUAAUGUGAUGAUCCUCUUGAUAGCUAUUGUGUUGAUUGUUCUUAUUCAAUUUGUUAAGAUAAUUGCUCAAUUUGUCAUUAAAACUAAUGCAUUACAUGUUUUUUUCCAUUUUAAUUGAUAAAUGAAAUUUGUUAACCUAUUUGUGGAGAUUCAAUUGUUUCACUUUAAUUUGAGCAAUGUGAUGAUGGCAAUGAAAUUCCAUUUGAUGGAUGUCAUGAAUGUCAAUAUUCAUGUUCUUAUGGAUGUAUAUUAUGUGAAUAAGAUAAUAUUUGCAAACAAUGUGAAUAAAAUCUUUUUUUUUUGGAUCCUUUAACAGCUAAAUGUAAAUAAAUUAAUCAAUUAAAUAAUGAUAUCUAAAAAGAUUAAAUUAAUUCAUCUAAUAGUACAACAAAUAUUCUAUGUAAUCAAAAUUAUGUAUUAAUACAAAAUAUCUGCGUUAAUUUAUGUGGAAAUGGAUUACUUAAUAGUUAUUAUGAAGAAUGUGAUGACGGCAAUAAUAAUGGAGGGGAUGGAUGUUCUUCUUUAUGUACUCUUGAAGAAUUUUAUUAAUGUAUUAAUCUCGAAAACUAAUUAACUACUUGUACCUUUAUUAAACCUCCUGAUUUUAAUUUAAACAGUCUUUCCGAUAAAAAGAAUCAAACUCAAAUCAUUGAAUUGACUUUCACAAAAUCAGUUAAAUUAAUGUAUCCAUCUUAAAUAGAAGAAAUUAUAAUUUUUAGAAUUACUCCAGAAAUUAUUCAUCAACUAACGAUAGUUCCAUAAUUAAAUAUUUCCAUUCAUUUAAAUAAUCCAAUUUAUUAGGUUUUUAUUUAAUUUUAAGAAUAUGUUGAAAAUCCAAAAUUAGAGGUUUAAAUAUCUAAAUAUGUAAUAUAAGAUGAGUUCAAUUUAGAAUUAUAUAACUAUAAUAAAAGUAUUAAUCUUGGAAAUCCUUUUAUAAUCUCUGAAACAACUAAAUAAUAAGUAGUAUCAAUAGUUAAAUUUAAUGAUGCCAUGAUGUAUUCUCUGGCUAGUAUUGCAGGAUUAGCUUUGUUAACAGGAAAUAUCCUGAUGAUUCUUAACCUUUUAGAUUUAUUACAAUCUUUGUCUUAUAUUCGUUACAUGUAAUAUUAAUUUCCACCUCAUCUUAGAUAAUUUCUUGAAACAUAUACAAAAGUAUCUCUUAAACCAAUUUUAGAUUAUUUUAAAGUUGAUUAAAUUAUUGCAGAAUUAAAUGGUGGUUAUCUACCAUUCAAAAAGAAAUAAUCAUCCAAUGUAAACUCAAAUUUACCUUUAAAUUAAGUUUAUUUAAUAAAUGCCAAAAGUUGCUACUUUUCUCUUUUAGCAUCCUUACUCACAUAUUUUAUUUGCUCUGCUAUAUCCUCAUAAUUAAUAAAUUAAAAAUUGGUUAAUUUUUAUAUGA